CAACCCUACCAAAUUAAUCAGAAGAGCGAACAUUCAAAGCUCCUCUCCCACCCUAUUAUCUUUUGUUUUAUCCCAAUGUCCUUGUCAUGAGUCUCUCAAUCUCAAACCUGUGGCAUAAAUAAAAAACCCCAACCCCCCCAUAGGCGUAGGCAUAAUAGCUCUACCUCUCUCUAAUCUCUAAUCUCUAUCUCUAUCUCAGUACCCCCAAAAAUGAGUUCCCUCUUCUACAUUAUUAUUAUUACUAUCAUCUUCUCCACUCUCAACUUUGUUCACUCUCGAACCUUAACUGAAACAACGUCCACCACCACUCUCGACGUAACAGCUUCGCUUCAAAAAACCCAAAGCGUUUUCAGUAGUUACAAUCCAAAGGCAAAGCCGCAAGCAUUUAACCAACAAAAACAAAAACAGACUCAGUCUCAGACUCUCUCAUCCCUCACACUUGAGCUACAUACUAGAACUUCUAUUCUUAGCCGGCCUACACACACUCACACUCACAGUCACACUGACUACAAGUCACUCACUAUAGCUCGACUCGAGCGCGACUCAGCCCGACUCAAAUCUUUAACCACUCGGUUACAUCUAGCCCUUACAGGCAUUCUCCAAUCAGAUCUCGAACCUUCGGGAGGACGAGGACAAGAACAACAACAAGAUCUACAAGGUCCCAUCAUUUCAGGAACGAGUCAAGGAAGCGGCGAGUACUUCUGCCGAGUCGCAAUCGGAAGACCACCGACUCCGGCGUACAUGGUUCUCGACACUGGCAGUGACGUCAACUGGCUUCAAUGUGCUCCAUGCGCCGAUUGUUACCAACAAGCCGAUCCGAUCUUCGAGCCGGCUUCAUCGGCUUCUUACUCGCCGCUCUCUUGCGAAACCAAGCAAUGCAAGUCCCUCGACGUGUCCGAGUGUCGCAACGGCACGUGUCUCUACGAGGUCGCUUACGGUGACGGCUCGUACACAGUCGGUGAAUUCGUCACCGAAACCCUAACUCUCGGAUCGGCUUCGGUGAACAAUGUAGCCAUUGGCUGUGGUCACAAUAACGAAGGCUUGUUCAUCGGCGCCGCAGGAUUGCUCGGACUCGGCGGCGGAAAGUUAUCGCUACCAUCUCAACUGAACGCGACGUCGUUUUCGUACUGUUUAGUUGACCGUGACUCGGACUCGGCUUCGACUCUUGAGUUCAACUCACCGCUACCUCCUAACGCCGUCACAGCUCCGUUACACCGUAACCCUAAACUGGACACGUUUUACUACGUCGGUGUAAGCGGGCUCAGUGUCGGAGGUGAGUCGCUUCGGAUUCCGGAGUCGGCGUUCGAAGUGGACUCGGGAGGGAACGGUGGAAUAAUCAUCGACUCGGGCACAGCCGUGAGUCGGUUACAAACGGGGACCUACAACUCGCUCCGUGACGCAUUUGUGAAAGGGACGAGGAGGUUGGGGUUGGCGUCAACUAACGGCGUGGCGUUAUUUGACACGUGUUACGACCUGUCGUCAAAGACGAGUGUGGAGGUUCCAACGGUGGCGUUUCAUUUUCCGAAUGGGAAAGUGUUGGCAUUAGCGGCCAAGAAUGUGUUGAUACCGGUUGACUCAACGGGGACCUUUUGUUUGGCGUUUGCUCCAACCUCCUCCGCCUUCUCUAUCAUUGGGAAUGUCCAACAGCAACAGACACGUGUCGCUUUCGAUCUCGCUAAUUCUCUCAUCGGAUUCUCUUCCACUAAAUGCUAGCUUCCUUGCUACUCCUUUAAUAUUAAUAUUGAUAUGAUAAUGGUAUUCGUAGUGCACUCAGUGUACUGUAGCGUAGGAUUCUAUUCUUCUGGAGAUGCUCAACAACAGUGUAAGUGUUUAAUGUCAUUGAAAUCUUUUAUAAACUACGCCUUUCUACGUUUAA